AUGGAAGACAGUAGUACAGACUCAGAGCAAGACGAGGAAAAGAAGAAAGAUGAAAAGGAUCAAGAAAAUCCCAUUUAUGCCAUAGCGCCCACAACUAACUUCCGAGAUGAACGAUCUGUUGAUUUAUCUACAACUCCGGCUUUCCUUUUUCUGCAUGAGCUACAUGCUGUGGGAAAACUUCCUGCAACCAGAAUGGCAGAGUUAAAAGCCAAGUAUACCUUGCUGCAUGAUACCGUGAUAAGCACACAAGAGUCAGAGGUCCAACUGCUGCAGGAUGCCAAACGUUUCACGGAACAAAUAGAACAGCAGAAGUUUCACCUGCAGCAAGCUGAUGAUUUUCCAGAGGCAUUCAACACAGAGGUCUCCAAAAUGAGAGAACAACUUCUCAAGUAUCAAAAUGAAUAUACUGCAGUGAAGGAAAGAGAGUAUCAUAAUCAGUACAGAUUGAACAGCUUAAAGGAGGAAAAAAGCCUCAUAUUAAAGGAAUUUGAGAAGAUACCUAAGCCAGGAGAGAUGGAGAAGAAGAUGAAAAUAUUGAAAGAAAGCACUGAAGAAUUACGUAAAGAAAUAAUGCAGAAAAAAAUAGAAAUUAAAAACUUACGGGAAGAUUUGACAUCUAAGCAAAAACAAUUACUAAAGGAGCAGAAAGAGCUGGAAGAAUUGUUGGAAUAUCAAAUCAACCUAAAGGAUGACGUGGUCCACCAUCAAGCCAUUCCUGUACAAAUUGGAAAAGAGAUAGAAAAAAUUACGCGCAAAAAAGUAGAAAUGGAAAAGAAAAAAGUUAUCUUAGAAAGUGAAGUCAAGGAGCUCAAUGACUCCCUAAAGAAAGUUGAAACCAAAAUUAAUGCUAUAAUGGAAGAGAAAGAGGAUGUAAUAAAAGAAGUUGAAGGAAAACGAGCCUUACUUGAAGUCAAGGAACGAGAAUACAGCCAGUUGGUCAAACUAUUGGAAUUAACCAGAGAGAAUGAAGCAACUUCAUUAACUGAAAGAGGCAUCUUGGAUCUCAAUUUACGAAACCGUCUGAUUGAUAAGCAGAACUACCAUGAUGAACUUUCUCGUAAGCAAAGAGAAAAAGAACGAGAUUUUCGAAAUUUAAAAAAGAUGGAGCUGCUUUUGAAAGUGUCUUGGGAUGCGCUGACUCAAACUCAAGCAAUGCAUCAAAGGCUUCUAUUAGAGAUGGAAGCUUUCCCUAAAGAGGAUACUACAUCUGACAGAAGGAGGGAGCUCCACAAGGAAGUGGAAGUAGCUAAGAGGAAUUUGGCCCAACAGAAAAUCUUAUCAGAAGCUGAGUCUAAGUUAGUAGAACAGCAACUUGCAGAAGAAAACAGGCUUUUAAAAGAUCAGGAAAACAUGCGUGAUCUGGUGUUCAACCUUGUUCGAGUGACUCAAAUCAAAGUUGAUGAAAGAGAGCAAAAGUCCAAGGAUUUCCUGAAAGCGCAGCAAAAAUAUACCAACGUUACUAAGGAAAUCAAAGCAAAGGAUCUUGAAAUCAGGAUAUACAAGAAGAAAAAACGUGAAAUCCAUCGAAGACUCAGAGAGUUUGCUAAACUGUAUGACAGUAUUCGAAAUGAAAGAAACAAAUUUGUUAAUUUACUUCACAAAGCUCACCAGAAAGUAAAUGAAAUUAAAGAGAGGCACAAAAUGUCAUUAAAUGAACUGGAAAUUUUAAGGAAUAGUGCAGUUACUCAAGAAAGAAAGCUGCAAAAUUGCAUGCUGAAGCAUUCGAACAAUGUUACCAUCCGGCAGAGCAUGCAAAACGACGUGUGCAAAAUUGUCGCAAAACUUCAGGAAAUGAAAGAGAAGAAGGAAGCCCAGUUAAGUAACAUUGACAGGCUUGCCAAUAUGAUCACAAUGAUUGAAGAGGAGAUGGUGCAGCUUCGCAAAAGAUACGAAAAAGCCGUUCAGCAUCGUAAUGAAUGUGGUGCUCAGCUGAUAGAGCGGGAGGAAGAACUGUGCAUUUUUUAUGAAAAAAUAAAUAUCCAAGAGAAAAUGAAACUAAAUGGAGAAAUUGAAAUACAUAUUCUGGAAGAAAAAAUCCGAUUCCUGAAACUGAACAUUGCUGAGAAGCAAAGACAGAUUCAUGUGACGGAAAAAUUACUGCCAUCCAAGAGGUCCCUGGAUGCUGACCUGGCCGUGCUCCAGAUACAGUUUUCACAGUGUACAGACAGAAUAAAAGACUUGGAGAAACAGUUUGCAGAUCCCGAGGGUGAGAACAGAACCCGCUUCCUUCCAGGGAAAGAUCUAACUGAAGAACAAAUGAUCAAAAAAUUAGAUGAGCUGGAACUACAGCUGGCCCAGAAGGAGGAGAAGUUACUGGAGAAGGACUUCAUCUAUGAACAUGUGUCCCGGCUUACAGAAAGGCUUUCCACCAAAACUCAGGCCUGCAAGCAGGACACACUACUCUUGGCCAAGAAGAUGAAUGGCUAUCAGAAGAAGAUCAAAGAUGCUACUGAAAAACUGAUGGCUCUUGUUGCCGAGCUAUCCAUGAAACAAGCUCUGGCCAUUGAACUCCAAAAAGAACUCAGGGAGAAGGAAGACUUCGUCUAUUCUUGCAAUUCCAGGAUGGAAAAGGGUCUGCCACUCAAUAGAGAGAUUGAGAGAGAAUGGUUAAAGGUACUUCGAGAUGAAGAAAUGUAUGCGUUGGCCAUCGCUGAGAAGUCUCGGGAGUUCUUGGAAACAGACAGUCGCCAGCUGCCCAGUGGUGUUUACACAACUGCGGAGCAGCGUCCCACUGCCUACAUCCCAGAAGCAGAUGCUACUCUGCCUUUGCCAAAGCCAUAUGGUGCCUUGGCUCCUUUUAAACCCAGUGAACCUGGGGCCAACAUGAGGCACAUUAGGAAGCCUGUUAUAAAGCCAAUUGAAAUCUGA